GCAGACGCUGGGUCUAAGGCAGUAGAGGAGCAUCAAGCAUCGACUUGCACACUGCUGGAGGGAUCUAUUACAUCGAAAGAAAAAAAAAGAAAAGAAAAAAAAUCAGAAGGCGGCACAGUGUGACCCGACUGCAGCCUGACAGGGAGCAGAGCUGAGAGCACAGAGGACUGAGAGCAGAGCCUUGUGAAUCAGCAGAGCUCCGGAGGACGGCAAGAUGUUGAAGAAGUCAAAGGUGACCGAGGAAACUGCAGCUGGGCAGGCAGGCAUCAGGAUGAAGUCCAAGGUGCCUGGUGUCAUGAUAACGCAGUUUAUGGAGGAACUUCCAGAGGGAAUGACAACUCCGGAUUUCACCCGCAAGCCCAUUGCUUUGACUAUUCAAGAGGGUAAAUUUGCAGUCUUUAAAGCCAUAGUAGUGGGCACUCCCACACCUGCUGUAACAUGGAGCAGAGCAAAUGGAGAAAUAACCUUUCACCCUGAUAUGUGCCAGCAGAAGUAUGAUGAGGUAUCUCACGAACAUACGCUUGAGUUUCCAAAGGUUGCCCCAGAGGAUGCUGACACCUACAAGUGUUUUGCAACAAAUGAAUAUGGAAGGGCGGUUUGCCCUGUUGUCUUGAAUGUUAUUUCGGUUGGAUUCUCUAAGACUAAGGAACUUCAAAAAUCUCAAGAAAAAGAUGCAACAGACUUCAGAAAAGGCCUUAAAAAACGUAAACCUGAUGGAACACGUGAGGAAAAGCAAAUGGAGCCAGAAGAUAAGGUCUGGGAAAUUCUGCUUAGUGCCGACAAGAAAGACUACGAGCAGAUCUGCAGAGAUUACGGUGUCACGGACUUCCGAGGAAUGCUGAAGAAACUCAGUGAAAUGAAGAGAGAAAGAGAAGAGGAGAUUGCAGAGUUUGUGUCACAUAUUAGCACACUGAAACACAUUGAGGUCAGUGAUGACGAUUGUGCCACAAUUGAGUUGGACAUGGACCUCAAGGAUCCUAGCAGCAAAAUCUUCCUGUAUAAGGAUGGUGCCAUGGUUCCAUUCAGCAUAGAAGAAAGCGAGAGUUCGAAGCAUAGUUUGAAAAAAGUGGGCAAGAAAUAUAUAUUCACAAUUAAAAAACUAGGUUCAGAAGAUGCUGGACUCUACUCGGUGGAUGUUGGGGGCGUCAAUGUGUUUUCCACUGACUUUAAAGUACCGGAGGUUGACUUUGCAGUCAAAAUACAGGAGGUCAAGGCAGCAGAACGAGAGGACGCCCUUUUUCAAUGUGUCCUGACUUCACCCAUGGAUGAGAUCAAAUGGUAUGGUAAAAACACCCCACUGUCAAAUAGUGAGAAACAUGAAAUCAUUACAUCUGAAGACAAGCUCAUCCACAAGUUGAUUGUGCGCGACUGUAUGCCUUUGGAUGCUGGUAUCUACGCUGCUGUGGCAGGAAUCAAAUCAUGCAACAACUGGCUUGUAGUUGAAGACCCAGGAGUUCACUUUCAUGCUGGGCUCUCUGACUGCAAAGCCAUUAUCGGAGAAGCAGCAGAGCUGGAGUGUAAAGUGAGCAGUGAGGAGUGUCAGGGAAUCUGGUCCAAAGAUGGAGAAGAGAUUAACUCAUCUGAGGGGAUAACCAUUUCAAAAGAUGGAACUUUCCACAGGCUGAAAAUUCACAAAGUAACAGAGGAAUUUGCUGGAAAAUAUAAAUUUGAAGCAGAUGGACGGAAAACAGAAGCAACAAUUGUUGUUGAAGAUCCACCCAGGUUUGAUAGUGAGGAACUGGAAGCUUUCAAAACUCCAGUAACAGUGAAAAAAGGACACAAAGCUACCUUCAAAUUGCCUUUUAUUGGACGGGAACCUAUAAAAGUUCAGUGGUACCUUGAGGGUGAAGAGCUAAUGGAAGAAUCAAACAUAAAGAUUGAGCACUCCGAGGGGUGCAGCCGUCUCUUUCUGACCAAGCUACAGCGCAAAGACAGUGGUGAAGUCAAGAUUAAACUCAAAAAUGAGUUUGGCACUGUUGAGGCCUUCAGCCAACUUCUUGUAAUGGACAAACCUACUCCUCCGAUGGGACCUCUGGAGAUUGUUGAGGCCUCCUCCCACACAAUUGAAUUCAAAUGGAGACCCCCAAAAGACAGUGGUGGUUGCAAGAUAGGAAACUAUAUCCUUGAACGACAGCAAGUUGGCCGCAACACCUGGAAGAAGGUUGGGCCAAUUGGUCCGGAGGCCAUAUACAAGGACUCCGAUGUAGACCAUGGCAGGAGGUACUGCUAUCGCAUCAGAGUGGAGACAGAAAUUGGCACCAGUGAGCUGAUGGAAACAGAGGACAUUCAAGCUGGAACAAAAGCAUACCCUGCACCACCAUCAGCACCAAAGGUCGUCAGUGCCUUCAAAAAAUGCAUCACCCUCUCCUGGUCUCCUCCUUCUGACACUGGGGGAACUAAUAUUCUGGGAUACAACGUUGAGAAACGCAAGAAGGGCAGCAACCUAUGGGGCCAAGUCAAUCCACCUGAGAUGAUGAUCAGAGCUAAGGAAUUUGCUGUUAAAGACGUCGUUGAGGGCAUGGAGUACGAAUUCCGUGUUUCAGCAAUCAAUGACUCAGGAGCAGGUGAAUUCAGUUCACCAUCUGAGUUUGUGUUUGCCAGGGACCCUAAAAAGCCUCCUGGUAAAGUCAUUGACUUCAAAGUGUCAGAUUCCUCCUACACAACCCUGUCCCUGUCUUGGACCAAACCCAAGGACAUUGAGGGGGUUGAGGAUGAAGCCAAAGGAUAUUUUGUGGAGCUCAGGCCUGCAGAAAACACAGAGUGGGAUCGCUGCAAUUCAAAUGCAAUAACCUUGAAUUUCUAUACAGUGAGAGGCAUGAAGUCAAUGGCCAUGUACUGGGUGAGAAUAAUUGCUACUAAUGAUGGAGGAGAGGGACAGCCACAAGAGCUGGCCAAUUACAUCCUUGCUAUGCCUCCUCCUGUGAGGCCACGAUUCACAGAUUCAAAAAUCAAGAGUUUCAUGGUGGUGAGAGCAGGGAACUCUGCACGAUUCACCACUAACUUUGAGGCCUCCCCCUGGCCUGAGGUUACCUGGGUGAAAGAUGGAGUACCAGUGUCUAAGAAAGUGACCAUCAGCAAUGCAGAGGGCACAUCCCAGCUUCUGAUUCCCUCUGCUGAGCGCUCUGAUAGUGGAAUCUACACUAUCCUUGUCAAGAACAUUGUUGGCCAAGAAACAUUCAGCGUUGAAAUUAGAGUCACAGAUGAACCUAAGCCACCAGGUCCCGUAGAGCUCGACGAAAACGUGCCUGGUACAGUGACUAUAUCAUGGACUGCAUCUCCAGAUGAGAAACGCGAUGACAGGCUGCACUACAUGGUGACUAAGCGUGAUUCAGUCAAAACAGCGUGGCACACUGUUGCAGAUCACAUCUUCAACAAUAAAUUCACAGCCUGCAACAUAAUGCCAGGCCGAGAAUACCAGUUCAGAGUCUAUGCAAAGAAUGAUAUGGGCUCUUCCAAACCAUCUGAAUCAGCAAAGUGGCUGAUUUCUGCCAAAAAGGAAAAGUUCACUGUGAACAUACCAGACUCAAAGACCUGUAAUCUGCAGUGUCCUCCGAAGUUCCUUGUCCCGCUGAAACUGCACACUGCUCCUCAAGGGUAUGAAUGCUACAUGAGCUGUGCUAUAAAAGGAGAUCCAACACCUCAUGUGACAUGGCUCCGCAACAGUAUCAGUCUGAAUACCAACACCAACUAUUACAUCUCCAACACCUGUGGAGUGUGUUCUCUGCUCAUAUUGAGGGUUGGACCGAAGGACACCGGGGAGUACAAGAUUGUUGCAGAAAACUCAAUGGGCAGGGCAGAGUGCUCCACCAAACUGACAGUCAGAGAAUAAAUGAACACACGGAAGAUGAUAGAAUUGCUCUAAAACCCUAAAAGAAACCAAGUGUUUGGCAAUUCUCAGAUACUACAUACUAAUCAAAUGUAGAGGGGUGGUUAUUUAAAGUCAGAGUGAGGCAACUGUGUAACUUUAAUAAAAGACAAUGAAAGAAAUACUAAUGUGCUCUUUUGCAUAUUUUAACUGAUAUAUUGAUUUAAAGGUGCUAAUUAAAUGUGUUUUCGUGAAAGUUUAUGCAACCAUCAGCUUAAGUCUUUCAAUUGAUUUUUAGAUGCAGGUCUCUGUUCAUGUAUAUAGUGACUUGUUUCAAUCAUAUUUUUUCCAUAAUUGUGGAUCUUCCCCUUAACUGAAUUUGUGAAGACAAAACAUACUGACAUGAUUCAUUUAUAUGAUGCUAAUUGUUAUGGCAUGUCACAUAAGAUAAUCUGUGGGUUUGCUCGAAUUAAACAUUUCCUACAGCAAUUGUGUUAGUGUGAAAUUUUAAGUGUGCAUUUCACCAGCAAAAAAACCCCAACCAACAAACAAAAAGAAAAGCAAUAAAAAUACUACCAUCAUA